AUUCUCCAUACAGAAUGUAGAAUGUGGAAGGAUAGAUUAUCAGAGCUCAUUUUGGAUCCCCACUCAGCGUGAACACAUCAACUUUACAUUGCAGAGGGAUUCUCAAAGACUCAAAGAUGGCCCGCCAGCCGCCGAAAGGACUGAAAAGCUUGGUCGAGUGUAUGGCCAGAGCUACAAUCUCCGCACAUCCUGCCGACAUGCCAGACUUUUUAGUGGAGUAUACGUCAGAGCUCAACCAAACAAGAGGCUCUAAAACUGAAAGCAAUCCAGUGGAAAUGUGCUUUCGAUUCCAAGAGGCUCGUGAUUCGGAAUCUGCAAUCAAUGAACAUGCACCAUCAACUGGGGUUAAAGAAAAGAAGCCUGUACCUUUUACCCCUGCUGUUGCCAAGAAGACACCGGAAACACACACACAGAAAACAACACCACGAAAGUCAUCACCUAAAGCUCCAGCAGAUGUGCCCCCGAAAUCCAGGAAGAAUCUACCAAUCGGCACGAGGGGGAAGCCACAAAAUGCCAGCAGCGUGUUACCACAAAAACCUAAAGAACGCAGUGAACCAACGUCAGCAAGAACAGAAAGACCAAAGGAAGAAAGAAAAAUAAUCCCCAAGACAAGACCACCAUGGUUACCACCAGCUGCAAAUCAAAAGCAAGGUAAAGGAACCAUUGAUGACGCCAAGAAGACACCAGAAAAACGUCUACCGACAAUUCCCCAAAAGUCAGCACCUAAAGAUCCAGCUGUCAAUCCCCCGAAAUCCAAGAAAAAUCUACCAAUCGGCACGAGGGGGAAGCCAGAAAAUGCCAGCAGCGUGUCACCCCAAAAACCUAAAGAACGCAGUGAACCAACGCCAGCAAGAACAGAAAAACCAAAGGAAGAAAGAAAAAUAAUACCCAAGACAAGACCACCAUGUUUGUUACCAGCUACAAGUCAAAAGCAAAGUAAAGGAACCAUUCAUGACGCCAAGAAGACACCAGAAAAACGUCUACCGACAAUUCCCCAAAAGUCAGCACCUAAAGAUCCAGCUGUCAAUCCCCCUUCUAGACGCCCAACUACGCGUGUACAAGCAGCACCACAAACAAGUGUUUUACCACCGAUUCCACCAAUUCCACAGAAGAAAGGCACAGGUAGCCAACAGCAGACAACUAUUCCAAAGAAAUCUGUGCCAAAGUGGGAUGACUCAGCAACAUUGCCCGUUAUUAAAGGAUUGAGGAAACCAGCUAUUCCAAGAGACAGCAGAAACGACCACCAAUGCCCUCAAUUGGUUCACCAACGCCCUCAGUUGGUGCAAAUAAUCCACAGGGCAAAAAUCACACACACAGUGUUUCGUUACUCACCUUAAGGAUAAGGUGAACAGCGUUGGACGACCAGUGGAGCCACCUGACGCAGCCGUGCAGUAGACGAACCGACACGUGAAAGGACAUCGCUCCCUCUCCCUUUCUUACUCCCUCCCCACAUCGACCCGCGUUUCUAAUUCAUUUGAGAAGAAGAAGAAAAAAGGGCUCCAACCAAUAGAACCCAGUCCAGAAUCCGGAGUCCACAAUCCAGUGGAAAUGUGCUUUCAAUACCAAGAGACACGUGUGGCAGUGGGGCAGCACUCGUUUCCGCCAGCAGGUGGCGGUAGCGGGUUUAGUAGACCUGACGGGCGCUGUAACACUUGCUUAGAGCAAGUGACUCCGCGUCGGCAAGUACAGACAGUCGUUCUGAUUCUGAUUGUUGCUGAUUGUCUGUUGUUAUUGCAGAAUAAAACACACCUGAACGGAGCCUGUUGCAGUGUGUGUGUGUGUGUGUGUGUGUGUGUGUGUGUGUGUGAAAAAUGUUUUUCUCAAACAAAAUGUUUUUCUCUUCCCAGAUUUGGAAUCUGCAAUCAAUGAACAUGCACCAUCAACUGGGGUUAAAGAAAAGAAGCCUGUACCUCUUACCCCUGCUGUUGCCGACAAGACACCGGAAACACACACACAGAAAACAUCCCGAAAGUUAUCACCUAAAGCUCCAGCAGAUGUGCCCCCGAAAUCCAGGAAGAAUCUACCAAUCGGCACGAGGGGGAAGCCACAAAAUGCCAGCAGCGUGUUACCACAAAAACCUAAAGAAUGCAGUGCACCAAGACCAGGAAGAAGCCAAAGACCAAAGAAAGAAAGAAAAAUAAUACCCAAGACAAGACCACCAUGUUACCACCAGCUACAAGUCAAAAGCAAGGUAAAGGAACCAUUGAUGACGCCAAGAAGACACCAGAAAAGCGUCUACCGACAAUUCCCCAAACGUCAGCACCUAAAGAUCAAGCUGUCAAUCCCCCUUCUAGACGCCCAACUACGCGUGUACAAGCAGCACCACAAACGAGUGUUUUACCACCGAUUCCACCAAUUCCACAGAAGAAAGGCACAGGUAGCCAACAGCAGACAACUAUUCCAAAGAAAUCUGUGCCAAAGUGGGAUGACUCAGUAACAUUGCCCGUUAUUAAAGGAUUGAGGAAACCAGCUAUUCCAAGAGACUGCAGAAACGACCACACGUGUUGCUUUCCUCACCUUAAGGAUAAGGUGAACAGCGUUGGACGAUCAGUGGAGCCCCCUCCAUAUAAUGUUGUUUGUUUGUUUGUUAGAUAAAUAAAUAAAAAAU